UCGUGUUUCUUCUCUCGCCGAGAAAGACGCGUUUGCUCCACAAAGUGUUGGGGAUGUCCGCUAAACUUUGGUAUUCACGGGGAGAACUUGGCUGUAUGUCCACACGACACUUGCACAAAGCACGAUCACUCUGAGCAAGAUCAGUAUUUGUACGCAGAACCAUUGAACUGUGAGUAUUGUAUUGUGUUUAGUUCUCACAGAGAAGUAAAAUGCUCGAGCUGAAAGAUUGGUCGGUCAUUCAAUUUAAUUUCCAAAAAGCCCAAGCAGCCCGGAAAGUUAUUCUUAAGGUUGUAUAAGCUUACCAGAAGAAGUGAAAUAACAACACUGGUUCCCCCUUUACGCAAAGGUAAACUCUAUAUUAUAGAUGUGUUCGGGGAAUUUGGCACAUUUUCCAUAGCGCCAUUACAAGACUUCCUUUUCUUUGCAGCCACUGUCUUGGUUGAUCACUAACCCAUUGUUUUAGAGUUUAAAACAGAAUAUUCAUUAAAAUAUUUAACACAAGCCGGAGAAUGAACUCUCUUAAUUUGCGGCGUUUCCGAGUUCCGGGUAGCAUAAUAUUUUCACGAAGAGGAUAAUUCUUGACAAUCUCCAGUUACUAUUGGUUGUCAUAUUGGUACUAAAUUUCGCGGGCACUUUUUCGCAAGAAAAAAGGUCGGCAUAUUUUGCGAAAUUCAUGAUUUGGGUGCAAAAUCAUUUUCAAUUUCGCAAAAAUUUCAAAAACGCAUUUCUCCGACAAUUUGAUUACACGUUAGAACAAAACAAAAAUGUAGAAAUCAUAUUGUGCUUGAUGCUAUUUUCUAACAUAUUUACAUACAUCGAAGCUGUAAGACAAAAGUUAAAAUAAUAAGUUCUAAAUCAUCUUCGUCUUGGUCUUAAAAAAACAAACAAACAAAAUGAAAAGGUUAAAGUUUGUAGGGAUGGGAUUUCGUGGGGCUUAUAUGUUGCAAAAUUAAAAAGAACAAUAAGGCAUUUUGAUUCAAUUGUUCGCUAUAGCUUUCGGUUGUCGCUAAUUCCCCAUCAGUUUGGCUAAUUCCUUUGGCUUAAAAUUAGCCACAGUGGCUUGUGCCCUCAAGACCCUAGCGCACACAGGGCAUCCAACUAAGGUGAUAGCAACUACUCUUUAGCAAAAUAAUAGCUCAGGUUCUUUGACAAAUUUCAAAUUGAACAAGGAAAAAAGCAGAAUCACCCCUCUCAACAAAACGCUCAAAAUACCACACAAGAGAGAGAGAUCAGCAAACCUGUGCGAGGUGGACUAGGAAAAUCCUAGGAUAACCUAGGAAUAUCCUAGGAUAUCCUAGGAUUUUAAUCCUAGGAAUUCCUAGGAAAUCCUAAGAAAAACCUAGGAAUGAGGUGUGAAAUUUCACGGUAAAUUGGGACAAAACAAACAAGAGUUUCCUAAGAUUUUCCUAGGAAUUCCUAGGAAAUUCUUAAGAUUUUCUUAGGAAUUCCUAGGAAGAAAAUUGCUUGUAAAGCCUAAGAAUUCCUAGGAUUUUGCUAGGAUUGCAAUAUAGAAUAGAGCAAUAUAGAGGAAAUGAUAAACACUAAACCACAUACAAUGAAAACAUUCUUUUUAUUCAAAGUUUACUGUAGGUGCAUCACAUUUUCUUGCAGGUUAAUUGUAAAUACAAACAUACAUUAGAACUUACAUAAACAAGACUAUUGUCUAUUUGUGCAAAAUCUUGGACUUAGAAAACCAGUCCCAUGUAUUCCAGCACAACUAAUAUAUGUGGGUCCGGUUUGGAUAGUUUUAUGUUUAAAAUAAUCUAACCUCAUUCAAACAACCCUAGUGCCUCAGUAUAAAACAAAAUGGAAGCAAAAUGGCAUAGGAAAAAAGUAUUCUAGCUACAUUAUAAUAGGCAUCUUUGUAUAGUCAUAGUUUAUAACUUUGUAUAUUCAGAUAAGAAGCUAGAAGCCUAAAGCAUGAAAAGAUAACUAGGUUCUUCAUUUGCAGGGUUUUACUGUGAUCAGAAUAUUAAAAAUAAUAACUUAUCUGGACAAGAACCACUUACAGUAAUAUUGGAUAUUCGAAACAAAUACCUGGACAAAUUUUUAGGUGCAAGACUGAUUACUAGGUUUUCACUAAGCUAAGUUAGCCAAUUUUGUGCUUCAAGCAACAGUUUAUAAAGCAUAGAAACUUUAUAUGUAAGCAGUGAAUUUGUGUAUCAGUUUGAAAAGUUUUUAUUCGAUUCUUGCUAUUCACGCAUUGAUACGUUCCUUGUACCUCAAAUUUCUUUCUUUUCUGGCUUUGCAACUCGGGCACAUUUUGCUAUCUCCAUCAUAAUGUCCUGCAAAGAUAUUAAGAGAAACACAUAAGAAGGUAGUAGUGUUAAGAAGAAAAGAAUCACAAAACACAUCUAGUUCGAAAAGUCCGCUCACAUACGAUGAUUAUAUGCUAAAGUUGAUCGCAGAAAUCACAUUUAUUAUAGGUAACUUUCACGUGACGUCACAGCCAUAUCCAAUUACCAUGUCCGCCAUUACUGUGCCCCUCAGCAGUAAGGAAAUGUAUGUAAAGUAAUGUCAUUUCUGUAGUGUUUUCUAAUUUUCUCGUCAAAAAGUGCUUGUUUAGACCCGCAAAUGUCAGUACCAGUAUUGUCGAAAUAUGCUACAUCACUAGAGGGUAAUAUAAAGAAUCAUUACAUCCAGAAAAUCGGCAUCGAUCCAGCUACUAUUCCCGAUGAAGAACUGAAUCCUGAGUGUUUACCGCCAAUAGAGCAGUCGGACUUGUUUAGUUUCUUGGUUUUGGAAACAAGUCAUUAUACUAACGACCAGUUCAAGAACUAUAAAAGUCUUGAAGCAUACAACCAAGUGGUUUCUGGGUUUGUAGCGUCCGUGAAGGGAAGAAUUGUUUCUGACAAGUAUGUAGUCGUAGCCAAAGUUCGCCAUUCUCAACGAAUGAAUGAUCCUCUCGUCGAUAUCUGGCUCAUUACAGGAAAGGAUGGAAGAAUUUUCUCCGCUCAUUGCCUGGGCUGUAAGGCAGGACUAGCGGAAUCGUGUUCACACAUUGCCAGUGUCUUAUUUUAUAUCGAAUGCUGGACUCGAAUCAACGGAAAGCUGGCUUGUACGCAAGUAAAAUGCUCAUGGCUCCUUCCAACUUAUGUAAGUAAUGUGACCUAUGCUAGGGCAAAAGAAAUCGAUUUUUCUUCUGCUAAAAAGUUAAAAGAAAAACUUGACGAUAACAUUGAAUCUUUUAAUGAAUAUUCUCAAUCUCGAACUGUUGGAGACGCAACGAACAAGAUCACGACCCCUAGCGUUUCAGCGGAGGAUGUGUCGGAGUUUUACAAAAAGCUGAAUCAGUGUGAAACAAAAGCUUCAAUAUUAAGUUUGAUCGACCCAUAUGCCAAUCAAUUUAUUUCAAAAAGCAGAAACAUUCCAGUUUUAACAGAUCUUUAAGAAUCAAGUAAUUUAGAUCUGAAAUACCCCGAACUUUUACGGAAAUGUUUAGAAAUUAAGAUAAACAUUUCAGACGAAGAGAUUGACAUCGUCGAACAGGACACGCGCACUCAAGCUAAAAGUCCAGGAUUUUUUAGGCAUCGUGGCAGAAUUGGAGCCUCUGUCUGUGGUGCUGUGUUCCAUGGAAAUCUUGCACAGCCUUCUCAAAAUCUAAUUCAGUCUAUCUGCUAUCCGCAUCUAUUUAAAAUAAACAACAAGGCAACCAAACAUGGUUGUAAAUACGAGGAACAAGCUAUCAAAAGUUAUGAACACCACAUGAAAUCGCUACACACCAACUUUCAAAUUAAAAGAUGUGGACUUUUCAUAAACAAAGACUUUUCUUUUAUACAUGCUACACCAGAUUUUCUAAUAUCGUGUGACUGCUGUGGAUUGGGCUGCGGGGAAGUUAAAUGCCCCAUUUCCGACACAAAUGGUAACUUCAACGAAUACAGCCUGAAAGCAAGCUCUUGCCUCGAAAAUGUGAAUGGAGUAUUAAAGUUAAAGAAAUCCCACAACUAUUACUAUCAGGUACAGCAGCAGCUAUUUACAUUGCCUGAUCGAAAGUAUUGUGACUUUGUUGUUUUUGCCAUUGAUUCUGAUGGGAACUCACAUGUUUUAUGUGAUCGAAUCAACCCUGACCCAUCCCACUCAAGCGGUGUUAUGAAAAAGAUCGAAACAUUUUGGAGAAUUUGCAUUCUUCCAGAAAUGCUUGGAAGAUGGUACACCAGACGGUGUGAUCUACCUGAAAGCAAACUCAUUGAUAAUGUCAUAUGUUUUUGUAGGGGACAGCCUAAUGAUGACAUUGUAUCCUGUACCAAUGCUGACUGUCCAUAUGGACAAUUCCAUACUAAAUGCCUUUCUUUACAUAAUGUGAAAAUGCCAAAGCAAUGGUACUGCCCUCACUGCUGUAAACUACCACAGCUCAAAAAACGGGCAAAGGCUAAAGUUGCACCAUCUCAGGUAAACCAGGCUGCUAUGUUAAAAACUACAAUUUGUAUCUGUAAUGAAAAGGCAACCAUGACUGAUAGACUCAUUGAGUGCCACAAUGUAAACUGCAGCAAUGGAAAUUUCUUCCAUCUGAAAUGCUUGGGGUUGAAAAGAAUGCCUAACAAUUCCAAGACAACAUGGCUAUGUAAUAUCUGCCGAGGAAAAAAGGGCAACACAAUGCCUUGUGAUAAACCUACCACUUCUACUUCUACAACACCUAUUACAAAUCCUAAAUCACCUGCAACAACAUCAAACUUAUCAGAUGAUGAUGAUAAUGAUAGUGAAGAUGAAAUAGAAAUUACAAAAGUGUCAACUAGUUCUGGUUCUGUUAACAAGUAUGCUAUUCUGGCUAAUUUAAACAAUGCAGAUUAUGACAUCAUUAGUGAUCCUGCUGGAUGGCUUACUAGUGACAUUAUCCAAUAUGCUCAAGUCCUGAUAAAAGAAGUUAACCCAGCAAUUGAGGGCUUACAACGACCAACUCUUGGAAGAGUCAGAAACUUUGAUGUAGUGUCUAGUGAAUUUAUUCAGAUUCUACACACUAGAAGUGAUCACUGGGUCUGUGUUAGCUCACUGGGCUGUCCACCUGGAUAUGUUCACCUGUAUGAUAGUUUAUAUCAUGAUGUUAUAAGUCAAGAAAUAGAGGAACAAACCAAUGACCUCCUAGGUGGAAGUUUGAUUAGUUUAGAUUUUGUACCCGUCCAGCAACAGAGCAAUGGUAGUGACUGUGGGGUUUUUUCUAUUGCAUUUGCCACAUGUUUAGCUUUUGCUACUAAUCCAAGUCACUUUACUUUUGACAUUCCCAAAAUGCGCUCACACUUAUUAUCAUGUCUCAAAGAUGAGACAAUUAGCAUGUUUCCAUCCUUCUAAUUUCUUGAUAAAUUUUGUAAUUAGAGUGCAAACAAUGCAGCCAUUGAGCUAUCCACAAAACCUGUCUAGUAAUACUAAAUAGUGCGAUCUGUUGUUUACUAUCCUUAAUUAGCACUAUUCUGCAAUAUUUAAUCCUUUUUAUUUUGCAGUUAAAUUGUUUUCAAUCUAAAUGCAGUAAAAAUCACUGAAUUUUGUAAAUAACAAAACAUAUUUGCAUGUCCAUUGGUGUAAAAUAAUGUAAAAUCAUUCACAAUGAUACAUAAAAUUUACAAUAAUUUGCCAUAGAAUUUACCAGAGACAUGAAAUUAAGCAAUAUUGUCAUGUUUUGAAAUAAUUUUGCUAAAUAUUGAAAUUAUUUUGUUCCUGUUCUUAAUAUUAUAUUGACAAUGUGCAAGAUGACUUUAGAUAUAUAAAUAAUAUUUGAUUCAAAAAUUCAACAAUCUUGUUGUUGCUUUUUAGUUUAAAACCAGUCACUAUGAGUUUGUUAUUUGCCAACUUAGACAUGCAUUUACAUCAUAGAUUUUUAAAUGAUUAACACUUGUUUACAAAAAAAACUUUUUGUUAACAUAACAUGUAUCUUUGCUGUUUUAGAUCACCUGAUAAGCAGCUAAAUAAUUUUGUCCAAUAGCGCGAUAACACUUAAACCAUGAAAUAACUAAAAUAUGUCUACUAUUAACUAUAGAGACAAAUAGUAGCAAAAUCCUUUGUUUUCUAUUGCUUAAUUAGUACUAUUUGUACUUUUUAGUUAGUCCUUGUUUCACAGUUUCAGUGCUAUUGCUUUAGUUAGAAUGAUUUACAUUAACCUUUGAUAUAAAGUAUGGUGAGUAGCUGUACAAAUAAAAGAACACAAAUGGAUCUAAGGUAUAUUACCUCAGAAUGUAUUAAUAGGUUAAUGAAAACCACUCUAUUAAUAAAUAUCAAUAAUUAUUUACAAUAGCAACAAUGUAUAUGCUGAAAGUAAUCAAGUAGUCCAAAAAUGGAUUUAGGUAUUUUGGCCAGAGGUAAGUGGUUGAUCUUUAGUCUAGUACAUAAUUCUUGCACUCCCCUUGUGAAAAUAUUUUCCAGGAUCCUGUAAGAUUCUAUAGGGAUCCCAAACAGGAUUCUGUCCAGGAUUAGGAUUUACCAAAGUCUUAGAGUCCCACAGGAUCUUGAUAGGAUGAUUAAAGAUCCAAUAUCUACUAGGAUUCUGGGAAAGAUUUCCACCAGGGUAUUGUCUUAGAAAACAAUAAAAAUUCAUUUAAACUAGCUAAUCAAAUGGUACUAUUGAUGGGCAAAAAUUUACAAGGGCUGAACAAACUCUUAGAAUACGGUCUAUUAUGGGUACCUGGUUUUCUGUGGGACCGUUCUGGUCACAACUCAAGAAUUUAGUGGGGAGUGUUCCUUCUAAUAUAGUAUAUUUCCUUCGUAGUAGACCUAUCACUCGCUCCACAUGGAUCCUCACAUUCGCUAUGCCUCUUGAACGCUCUACAUCUACUGGGUGCAGCUGAGCUUUUCCUUUGGUGAAUGCAGGAAUCACUAGCUUUCCUUGCUUCAAACCAACACUCUCAGAAAUUGUAAAUCCUCUAUCUGCCAUUAUAGUAUCUCCUGGUAUCAAUUUUUCUAGGAUUCCACAGUUCUCAGUCAGAAAUUUAUCUGAUGUUCUUCCUCCCCAAGCCUCAGAAACAAAUGAGAUAGUGCCUUGGGGUGUGAUUCCAAUCAAAAUCUUAACAGUGUUGUGGUUCUUAUAUGAAGAAAAGGUCUGAGCUCUGGCCAUAAGGUUUGUUGGUUUCUCAAUAAAAACUUCGAAACAAUCAAUUAUUACAGUAACCUUACGACCAAAGGUGUACUGAAAACACAUUGGCAUAGUUUUCCACAGCUGUUCCCUUGCAGGCCAAUGAAUGAAGCAAGACAGCCUCGAGUCCAUUGCAUGUAUCCAUGAGGUGAAUAUCCUUGACACACUUGUUAAGGACACCUCAAAACGGUAUGCGAAGUCUUGAAAUGGUACAUUUAACCGUAACUUCAUCAAAACAAUGAUAAAUUCUUGAAAGCUGUUCAAGCUGGUUAAAUCUGAUCGUCGUGAUACGUACGGGCUUACAUGUUCAAACACUACCAUUAGUAUAUCAAACGAAGACAAUCCAGUGUAAAAACGAACUUUAUCUGGAGAUUGGAAGAAGUCUUUAUCUGGAGCUUGAUAUACAGAGUUCUUAAACAAAUAAUUGAUUUCUUGAGUCUGCAUUCCUCUAUUUCUCCUGCCUUCAGAAACUACUUCAAAGUCCUCCGUUGAAGUGGAACGAUCAAUCAUUUCGUGGACGACUGUUUGAAUUCCCUUCUCUGUCUCGUCGCUGUCAAAAUAUUCAUAACUUGUACUGCCACAAGCUUCGUCAGAAUGAGCGUCUAGGCCUGAAACAUCUUCAGUAGAUGUGCUAGCAAUAGCAAAAUCUAUGUUUUGCACAGUCAGACCAGUUUGUUCCAGCUCUUUUCUCUUCUUAGCUGCUUCGAUUUGUUGACGCUCGAUGCUUCUCUUCCUGCGCUCCUUGGCCCUUUCAGCCUUCAAACUCGCUUCUUCUUUUUGUUUAUCGACUGUAGGCUGCUUCGCUUGUGGCUUUCCAAGGUUUAGAGUUGGCACCCAGUCGAUGUGAUAUCUAUCCCAAGAGGCUGCUGCUUUUCCAGUCACAAAAUGUAACCCACAUACUCGUUCACUGUCGAGGAUUCUCUUCGUCUCUGUAUCGCCUCGACUUAUUGCUGAAAUCCAGCGCCUUCUUCUCUCUCUAGUGAGUUCUUCGUGCUCUUCUCCUUGAUUUGAUACAAUCUUGGGUAUUGUAUGAAAGCUAACACGACUUUUUCCGCUUUUAGAAGCACAUCCAACCACUAUACAAUGAACCAUAUUGAGUAAAAGUACUAUAUAUCUCUGUUUGUUUACGCUUGAGGGGCACAGUAAUGGCGGAUAGCAACCGUUGUCAAGUGCGGUGUCACGUGGGUGAAAGUCAAGAAUUGAUCCUAUUACAUUAUAAAGCCCAUUGCACACUAACCUUGCAAACCACUGCAAUCCAUGUUCUGCUCAUCAAGUUCUUAAAAUAGGUGAAUUUCGCGUAGAAAAGACGGGAGUAAACGGCUAUUUGUUUGGAGGUUAUGAUAAUGGCGUUCGUUCGACCGUUAUGGUUUUGCGCCUUGGGCCCAAGCCCCUCUCGGCCACUAAAGCAAAGGACGCCCGGUACAUUUUCAAUUUACGGUCUUCUAUCUGCAAAGCAGGACUUCUUUUCUUAUAAUCUCAAGAAGCAUUUCUAUUAGAAACAAUAUAUAUUAUGUCGAAAUCAGAUCUAAGAUUUUAAAACAAUUAUCACCCUUCGUAUUUUUCUUUUCAAUGUAGUACUAAUUCUGAAAAAAAGUACACCUCAUAAAACUCGUGUUCGAGUCCAAUGCCUGUCUUUGAUUACGUUUCUUAUUGUUGUAGUAUAACUUACAAAAGUAUGCUGAGGCCUGUUCUUGUGAUAAAAAUGUUCGUUUAGGAUUUCCUUAGAAUUUCCUACGAGUUCCUAAAUAUUUUAGAAUGCUUCAAAUCUUCUUUUUAAGAAUUCCUAAGAUUUCCUAAUCCCAAUUAUUCUGAUUUUCUGGUCUACUGCUUAUACUAGGAAAUCCUAGGAAUUUUUAGGAAGUUUAAUCAUAUUUUGUUAACACCUUUAGAUCAAACUUAGGAAAUCUUAGGAAAUUCCUAAAAGAAAUUGGGUUCCAAAACUCACUGGGGACAUGGAGACAUUUAUAUUCUACCGCACUGUCGUGGGCGAUUUUCGAGAUUUUACUCGUACUUUAAUUCUGGUCGCGUGAUCUGAUCGCAUGUCUCAAAAGCCUGCCUGCCUUUACUUCUUUUUAGAGGCAUCAAGUAACAUUGAAUCCCACAACUGCUCAAGCGUUAGAAAUACCGCUUAUUCUGAAUAAAUACACCACAAAACAAUAAGACUUAGUUGUGACUUUUACUCUAGGAUAUACGACAAUUAUAGGACAAUUACAGGAGGUGAUCAAUCAUGAAAAUAUUUGAGCUUGCACUGGGACUAACUGAGAGGUUGGUAAGCCUGUGACCCAUGAUAAAGUUUGCAAAUUAGGCGCGAUUCAUGAUAAAUUACUAAAUUGCAUUAUGCUAUUGUCACUAUCAUCAAUUUUUGUUCUUGAUUGUUUUCUCUCAAGCCAAUUGUCGUUGCUUUCGGACAUAUUGCAGGGGCGGAUCUAGCUUUCCGCUGAAGUGGGGGUUUGGCUGCAUGACAAGGGAGGGGUAAUUUUUCUGUAACAUAUGGCUUUCUGGCAGCUCAAAGGAGGAGGGGGGGUUACCCCCCUAAACCCUCUCCCUGAUCUGCUACUCUAUUCUUUCUUGUAUCGCUCGAAAAUUUAAACGUUCUUUGAUUUGUAUCAAAGAGGAUCAUGGUUAGUUUUGAGCCCAAACUGUACAGCAGUCUUUCUGAUAAAAAAAGUGUCUUUAACCGAAGAAAAUAGGUAGAAAAAACCUUGUUCAGUACUGUUCUAUCAUUUUUUUUUUCACAAGAGUUCACAUCUGUCGUUGUUAUUUCUACUCUGUACAAAGUAGCAUUAGCAAUUAAUAAAAUGAUAGAUUUGGGAUUGUGUGAAUCAAGCUGUUGAACCCUUAUAACUUGUCUUUUUAACCAAUUGCAUCAUUUUCAA